AUGACUACUUCACCAUCUGAUGUCGCAACAAAUCCGGAGCGUCACCAUCCCCACACAUUGUCGGCCAUGGACUUUCAUAGUGCAAGUUCUGGCGUUGCUGCCAAGACCAUGCGUACCGAGUUAAACAGGCUUGCUAACGCGAUUCAAGAUAUGAAGGCUCGUAGAAAUUUUCAAAAUGAGAUGGAUCAUUUUUAUUCAUUAUUUACCAGAUAUUUGAGUGAAAAAGCUAAAGGUACAAAAUUGGAUUGGGAUAAAGUUAAUGAACCUAGUCCCGAACAAAUUAUUCCAUAUAAAGAUCUACCUGUCUGUGAAAGCCCUGAACACUUAAAUAAAUUGGCAGUUCUCAAACUUAACGGUGGUCUUGGAACAACCAUGGGUUGUGUAGGUCCAAAGAGCGCCAUUGAGGUUAGGGAUGGUAUGACUUUUUUGGAUUUAAGUGUCAGGCAAAUUGAG